CACUCUCUUUCAGAUCUCACCCUUUCUCUCUCCUCUCUCUUCAAUGCCCACUCUCCACAAAUUCAAGUUCUUAGCCACCCAAUGCGCAGUCGCCGGCAGCCCCACGCGAAGCCCCACCACCAGCCCCGUCAUCCACCUCCGCCGCCGCAAAACUCUCCGCAUGUUCCUCGCCCGCCCCCUCGAUCGCCGCCGCUUCCAUCCCCCGCCCCAAGAUCCACCGGAAACCACCGACACCGACCUCCCUGUCCGCCACAAGCUCAAGGACUUGUUCGUCUCUUCUCCGCCACCGCUCCAAGACGACAAAACCACCUUCCACCAACAACAGGAUCAGCAAGAUGAACUCCUCCCUUCCUCCGCCCUCUCCGUCCGCUUCCGUACCGGAUCUCCCUUCCGGCUCGGCGCCUCCGCCGCUCUCCGGCCGGUAUCGUCGGCGUUCCGUUACCGGUUACUGAGAAGAGUUUGGCGACCGGUGCUUGUCACCAUUCCUGAGUAGCGCUUUCUCUCUACUGUG